AUGAGUACUGUGACAAAUGAGUCAAAGAAGAAGGAAAGCAUCGAUAAGGCUCUUAUUUAACAAUAGAGAGAACAACUCAAGUAAACUGUUUUGGAAAGAUUUAUAAAGGAUUUUGGAAAGAAUAACAAAAAUAAAAUAUAAGUAACUUACAAUUUAGAGAUUAGAUUAUCACCAAUAUCGUGAAUGAUUAUUUCUCAAAAACCAGAGUUACCGAUGUUACCUUGAAAAAUUUAAAGCAACAAGUUCAAUAGGCAAUUCAAAAUGCAGGAUCCACAACUUAGUCUCAAGCAGAAUAAUCAAUCAAGGAAUCCUAAGGUAUGACUAUGAUGUAUUCGGUAGUCACCCAGUAACAACAAUUGUAGUAGAUCCCACAAUAGAAACCUGCAAGCAGUUAGUCUAGGAAAUCGAACCAAUAACUAAUUCAAACAGGUCCAUAAUAACGUCAGGAUGUCUAUUCUGAAACCUCUUCUAAGGUAACAGUUAAUUAUAAGUCAGGCACCGAAAUCAGUGUACAUGAUGGAGGGAGACGAGGACGAUGAAUGGGCGACGUUAGUUAAAUUUGAUACUGAAUUGUAUAAAAAAGAGAAGGAACUUGAAGUCAUUAGAAAGUAGGAAUUUAAGAAGAAGAUCAAAUCAGAGUUGGAUAGAUAAAUAAAUGAGAAGUAAAAUAAGAAGCAUGAAGAGGUUCAAGAUGAAGAUGCCUAUGUGAAGUUACAUCAUUAUCAAUUGAAUGUCUAUGAUCAGAGAGAGAAGGACAAACACGAUAACUUGUAGAAUAAAAUAUAUAACGAAAAGUUGCAAAGAGACAAAUAAGUAAGAGAUGAAUAGCAAAGAAAGUAACAUAAUAUUUAUAGUAUUUUAAUAGAAAAGUAGAAUAGAAGAGAGAAAAGGAACUCGAUACUUUGUUGGUGAGAAAAAUUAGAGAAGAACUAGAAUUAGAAUAAAGAGAGUAAUUGAAUAGAAGAAACAAAGAGAGAGAGCGUUUUCUGAGAAUGAUGAAAGAAAAUGAAGAGUAUAGAAAGAAAGCAUUGGAGGAUGCUAAAUUGGAGAAGGAGGCAGAAACUUAAAUGCAACAAUAAUACAUCAGUUUAUAAAAUCAAUUGGAGGAAUAACGAGAAUUAGAGAGGAAAUAGAGAGAAGAAAAAAUGAAAAAAGUUAUGGGAAUGUUUGCCGAAGGAGUUGUUAAAGAUUAAAAAGAAUUGAUUAAAUAAGAGGAUGAAAAAAUGUUAAGGAAUAUUAUCUAAUAGAAUGAAAGGGAAAAAAUUGAAGAAGAAAAGAAAAAGUUGAAAUAAUUAGAUUAAAGAUAAUAAUUGAGAUCGUUUUUAAAUUCAUAAAUAGAAGAAAAAAAAAGAAGAUAAGAAGAGGAGGAAGAACUCAAUAAAAGAUAGGCAGAAAUUUGGAAAUAAGACUUAGACAAUUACAAUGAUCAUGAAAAAAAAAAAUUUGAUGUAUUCAACUCACAUUAUAUUUUAGUACAUUAAAGAAGUAAAUUUAAGACAUGCAGAUAUAUUGAAAAGUUAAAUCUAAGAAAAGCAUAGUAAGAUCAAAUAAAAGACUACUAAAAUGAAUACAGCUGAAUUAUUAUAAAACAAGGACAAACUUAAAGUUAUCGCCUAAGAAGUUCCUGAUCUAGGAGAGAAGGUCAAAAAAGUUGAGAUUUGAC